UCAGAAUUAUCUAACACACGAAAAGUUGUACUCUCUAUACCUAAAUGGCAAUACAUGCAAUAUCCCUAUCCCAUGAAGAAAACUAAGCAAUAAUAGACCAUGGCGGAGUCCCCCCCUCGGAAGCUUCCACAGGAGAUACUUUUAUUCCACAUACUACCAAGGAUGCCGGUGGAAGCUCUACCCAGUUUAAUGUGUGUUUGCAAGAAAUGGUAUUUGUUCCUAAAGUCGGGUGCUUUUGCCAGCACAUUAAUCGAUAAUCAUGAAAAUCACCACAAACAACUCGUCUUACCUACCACCGAUGGAUAUACAUUCGAUAGCAUAGACUGUGAAACACCUAAUGAUGAUUUAACCACGGGCCGUUUUCCAUUUCUUUUACCAAUUAAUUUGGGGUACAUGAGAAACAUAUCCAUUUUAACAUCUGUGCAUGGACUGUUAUGCCUAGGUACAAUCAAGCACGAAAAUCCUGACAUAUAUUCUGAUCUAACUUUAUGGAAUCCUUUGACAGACGACAGUAAGAGUCUGUCUAAAAUGAGUUGCGAUACACAAGGUAUAUUUGGGUUGUAUUAUAUCUCUUGUGAUGACGACUACAGGCUUCUACAUGUAACCCAUCAUCCCAAUAUUUAUAUAUACUCGUUAAAAUCAGACUCAUGGAGAAAUGUUGAGUCAACUGAGGACUUCAAACAAAGGGCUUCCGACUGGACUGAACCUGGAAAUUACUGGACUAAACCUGGAGAUUACUGGGAGCACCCAAGUCAUUUUCUAUUGAAUGAAAAGCUCUAUUUCUUAAAACAAGUUGAAACAGAACCAGAAAGCUUUAUUCGGUCUUAUUCAGUUAUGAGAUUCGACACAAAGACCGAAAAGUUCACUGAGAUAGCAAUGCCCUCUUUCGGAAAUCAAAUGACCAACUGUUUGGGUUUCAUGGUUCUAAAAGGAUGCAUCCACUUCUGUGUCUCCAUUCUCAUUGGGGAAGAAAGUUAUAUGACAAGCGAAUAUUGUAAUGAAAUGAUCGAGUUGUGGAAGAUGGAUGGAGAUGGAGAUUGGACAAAGGUGUUAACUUAUGGCCCAAUCUCGUUUUUUCCAUGGAGUAAAUCGCUACUGCACUUGAUGAGAAACGGAAAUUUGCUCAUUCAUGCUGGACGUAAUGUUUACCAAUUAGAUAUGAAGAAGAACACCAAAGAAAUAGUGUUUACAUGUGAACAUAUGGAUUCCAAAAUCCCUCCAAUAGGGAAAUACAUCGAGUCUACAGUGUCACUCAACAAAGGCGUAGUAUCCAAAUGGUUUUUUACAAUAAAUGGGUUAGAGUGGUGUACUGUUAGAUCGUGGAAGGAGUAUGAGGCAUAUGAGAGAUCCAUCAUUGAGAAGUAUGGGGAGGACAUCAUUCAGCAUACAGGGGAUAAUGUCGAAUUGUGGGAACAAAGUCAGGUAGGGAAAAGGAAGAGUCAUGUUUUUGGAAUAGGGUACUCAGAUCUUAAGUUUGUAGCGACAGGGAGACCAUCUUACGGGUGUGCCAUGUCCUCCUUUGACUACACGCAGUUGCAGCAGCAGGUACAAGAGUUGCAAAUACAAAUAGAAAUGGAACGAAAAGCACGAGAAAAAUUACAAACACAGAUAUUGGAACUUACGAGACGAUUUGAUAAACACCCUGGAAAUUCACCAAACCCAUCCUAGUUCAUCAUCCAUCUUGGAAGGAAAUGUGGCUAAUCCUAAUCUCCAGUUCGUCUCCUCUUGAUCUCAAAUUAUAAGGAAUUACUCUCUGUCUCCCUCUUAACACUCUCUCUUCCAUUUUUGGUGAAACAAAAAAUACAGAGGUCAUGUACUAUGCUUCGUUACUGCGUUACACAAUGGAAUCAACUUUCUUAAAAAUAGAAUAAUGGCUUAUAUCAUGGAACAUCGAUCCUCAUAUUUAAAGAUAAGGUAUGAAUUUAUAAGUGUUUUUUACACUUAUUUGGAUUGGGCUAAAUUGAAAAUGGUUGGAAUGAUAAUGGAAAUGAUUGUAAUGGACUGAAAGAAAGGGGUGUAUGUAGAUGUUAAUGACAAUACGGAAGCUAAGGAUUUUAGGUUUUGCAGUCAUAAAGAAAUGAAAAUCAAUGAAUAAUAGGGUGAAAUAAUGGUUGUGCUUUAAUUUUCAAAGUAUUUGUAGAU